AUGUCUGGUACCAAGAUUUCAAAAGGUCAUCGUGAUUAUAUGUUGAUGUAUCAUAUGUUGACUGGUAUACGCAUGGCCGUCGAUCAAGUUUCUAGUCUGCCUGAUCGUGCAUUGCAACCUAGUGAUUUUUCCUCGAUUCAUCAUUUGACAUUGACCAUUCAAAAAGAUCAUCCUCUCGACAAAGGUGAUCGAUGGACUCCAGGUAGGAAACACGAAUUUAAAGAUUAUGCACCUUGGGUAUUUCGAUCUAUUCGUCAAAAAAGUCUUAUAAAAACUUCAGAUUACUUGUUUUCAUUAACAAGUAAAUACAUCCUCAGUGAAUUGCAUACUCCAGGGAAAAGUCAUCAAUUUCUAUACUAUUCACGAGAUUAUCGAUAUAUCAUCAAAACCAUUCAACGAUCAGAAUAUCAAUAUAUGAGAACAAUGUUACAACGAUAUUAUGAAUAUAUAUCAAGUCAUCCAAAUAGUUUAUUAUGCAGAUAUUAUGGUUUACAUCGCAUCAAAUCUGCUUUCACAGGACAGAAAUUAUAUUUUGUAGUUAUGGAAAAUGUAUUACCUCCAAAUAAGGAUAUGCAUGAGAUUUAUGAUCUAAAGGGAUCAACACAAGGCAGAUAUUUAUCAGAAAAGGAAAGAAAAUCAAAAAAACAUACUGUGUUAAAAGAUUUGAAUUGGUUACAGCAACCUGAACGUCUAUGUCUAGGUCCUACCAAAUGGGCAGCAUUCAAAUCACAAUUAGAAAAAGAUGUUCAAUUUUUGAUUUCGAUUCAGGUCAUGGAUUAUAGUUUAAUGAUUGGUAUUCAUCAUUUAGAACGUGGUAAUAGGGAUAACAUUCGAAAUUCUGUAUUACAUCAAUACCAGGCAAGACAAAAGAUGAAAGGAAAAGAUGAGCAAUGUAUCAUGACAGUACCUCUUCUUCAAACAUUAGAUACUUCCCAAUUAAAUAAAACAAGUCGAUGUCGAAUGGUGACCAGUAAUGUGUUUUAUGGAGAUAAAGGAGGAUUUCGAGCUACAGAUGAUCAAGAUCAACCAAUGAAUCGUAUCUAUUAUUUUGGUAUCAUUGAUAUCUUAACACAAUAUAAUUUAACAAAGAAAGCAGAACAUGUAUUCAAAUCAUUGAUGUUAAUGACAACAGGUCAUCAACAUAUCUCCGCCAUUGCACCAUCGAAAUAUGGUCAAAGGUUUUUAAACUUUAUCAUCAAUCCAAAGAAUAAUUCAAGUAUACAAAAUACGAAAAAUGAUGAUGGAUAG